GCACAAGCUGUUGUAAAACACAACCCAUCCAGACUCAUACACACAUAAACACUGAUCACUAAUCACUCAACCUAGGGCUCUACGUCUCCUUCCCAGAGUCAAGAGAGACAAAUCCUAGCUCUUUCGCUUCACAGUCUGAAUCGCUUACUUCUUGCACCAAAAUGAUGGGUCUUGGUUCACUGGAUUAUAGUGGUGUUGGUGUUGGUGGUGGUGGAGGAGCAGCAGGAGGAAUGACUUCUCCGACGACUUCAAAUUUAUCCCCUUUAGCUCCACCAUUUACAAUUGAUUUAUCAAAUCAUAAUAAAUCUUAUGGAUUAGAUCAAGAAGCUUUUGCUUAUUUAUCAUACCCAUCAUCUUCUCAUGGAAAUAAUAACUGGCUUCAUUUGCAUCCUCCUACUACUGCUACAACAACCUUAUCUGAAUCAAUUACAAACCCUAAUCUUGAAAUUGGAUCUCUCACUGGUUAUGUUCCUUCAACCAGUACUCCUACUUCCAACAACAACAACCAGAAUUACAGUUAUGGGCAACAUAAUAAACCCUACUAUUUUGAUUCUCAAACUGUUGGCAACCUAGGUGGUGGUGGUAAUGGUAAUACUUUUGUUCCAAUUGUAAGCCCAAAUGCUACUUCUGUUGCUAAUACUGCUACAUGCAAUAGUUUUACUCAUGUUCAUCGGUCGGAUAAAGUAGCUAGUAAAAAUCUUAUUAGGGAAGGAUUGGAACCAUACUUUCAGCCUCGUUAUCCUUUGGCAGGAAUUCGUGACAAAAAAAGUAGCCCAUCAGUAGUCAUUAGGAAACCUGAUGGUUCUGAUAUUAUAACAAUGUCUGGUGCUCCUGCUGCUCCGCCUGAAAUGUCGAAACCGGUCCACUAUACUCCAAAUGUUUCUGGUUUAGAUUAUGGUACACCUACUUGGGGGGGAUUUUGGAAUAGGGCUGGUGAGUGGGAGGAUCACGGUAGUAGGAAGGAACAUGAUGGGAAUUUUAGCUGGACGGAUAAGGUUCUAACUGGUUCGUCAACUUCCAAAAAUUCGCCUUUCGAAGAAACUCCUCUUGCUGAUGGUUGGACUGCUGCUUGUGGGGAAGCUUCUGGAGUUUCACUUGGAAAAACAGUUGAGCUGUUGCCAGGAGAAUAUGGUAUAAAUUCGCUAAGUGCUAAAUUUGAAUCAUCGGCGGAGGAGAGUGCCAGGACAUCCAUUUCUAACAUGCCAAGACACUCAUUAUUCAGCUCCUCUGCUUUCUUUGCAGAAAUUUCAGAACCACCUUUCCCAGUGGACCCGUUUACAAUAUCUACCACGAAACCAUGGAGUCAGCUAAGUGCAAACAGUAGUCCCUUCAACCAGAGCUUCUCAUCUUUAGAUGAUCCACAAUUUUAUUCAUCAAGUGCAUAUUCCACCGUGGGUCCAACAUCUUCAGCUGUGGGGACAAUUUUUUCAGCACCUAACAAGUCAGCUAAGUCCGCAAAUGUGAAUCCUAUUGAAAGAGCUGGAAACACGUGUUUUAACUCUGAAGAUCCUAGAGACUAUACUCCCUCCAGCGCUUACAGAAAGGAUCCCCUUAUUCAGCUUAGUGUUGAUCUCAAAGAAAGUAUUGCUGAUGCCAGCAGUGUGAAAGAUGAGAUGGACAGAACUAACCACACUUUAAUGAACUCUUCAAUUCUGCAAAAAGAUAUCAUGUCAAAUGGUGGUCCCAUUCUGGAGAAUUCCUGGAACCAAUUUUUUAAUGGGGAGCAUGAAAACCAAGUCAAUUUUAAUGAUGCUUCGACUGUUAAACCUACUGUAGCUUCUGUUGAAAGUUCAUCGGAUACAUUUGACCGUUUAAAUCCUCCUGUAGAUUCACCUUGUUGGAAAGGAGCUCCUGCUUUUCGUUCUUUUCCAUUUACAGGCAAGGAAGUUCAAGAUCCUCAGAUUUUCCCCAUCAAUGAUGGUGAUGACACUGCAUCGGUAUCAAAAUCAGAAAAUGGUAACCGAAUCUCUAAGGAAAAUGAGCAAGAAGCAAAUGGUAAUAUUUCAUCAUCCCUGCAAGGUCUAACUUUGAAAGCGAGGGACAGGAACGGUGUUCAGCUUUCUUAUGGGUCCAAAGAACGCAACGAGGAAGGUUUCGUGGCAAGUAAAGCAGAAGAGAAAGUUACUGUUGGAAGAGGUCUGGACACUGCAGAUCCAGUUGGAGAAGGAUCUGAUACUUCAGCCAGUAAGCAACGGGUACUCGAACUAGAUGCUGGUCUACUGAUUAAUGCAAUGCAUAAUCUGUCUGAGCUGUUAUUGGCUUCUUGCUCGAGCUGUGUAAGUACAUUGAGGGAACAGGACCAUGAGAUUCUCCAGCGUAUAACGGUUAAUCUUAAUACAUGUGCUUUGAUGAAGCCUGGAACAAUGAGAUCAGGGCCUGGAUUGAGUUUCCCGCAGUCAAUGGGUUCUUGUUCUGACAAAAGUUUACCUGAUACCCGCAAGGGAGUCGUUGGUGGCAUUUCUGAGGUCACAACAAAAGAAUCAUGUGCUCAUCAGAAUCAGUGUGAGAGUCAGACGGUUGUUAAGGGAGGGAUGUCCUCUACUAUGUGCCAGGAACUUGUCUCCCAAUUUGGUGACAUUGGCCUUGCAAAAGAUAAUGACAUGAUCCAGCGCAUAAAGAAGCAUCUCAAGGAAAGUAGAGAUGAUUUUGAUGAUGAUGAUGAUGGUGGUGGUGAUGAUGAUGAUGAUGACGACGAUGAUGAGGAGGAGGUAUCACUCUCAAGGGUUCAAUUAUACAAGAAUUUAUGGCUUGAGGCUGAAGCAGCAAUGUGUUCCAUGAAGUAUAAUGCUAGAUGUGCGAGCAUGAAGAUUGAGAAGGAGUACAGGCAACAGCAAGAGAAAGACUCAUGUAUGACAGGGAAAAAACCCAUUAAUGUGGAGGAGCGUUUGAGCUCAAAGAUUCUUGGUAAUCAGAACAGCUUCGAGGCAUUGUCUUCCCCUACUAAACAUAAGUUGAGUGCAACCACUACCCAGGAAACAAGUCAAACAAACACUAACAAUCAGGUAGAGGAUGUUGAAGCUUCAGUUAUGGCCAGGCUCCAUCUUCUCAAGUGCCGGGUUGACAACUCAAGUUCCAUGAGCACAGAGGGGAAUCAACUGCAGGGCGUCAAGGAUAGCUUGAAUACAAAGACCACAACCAAGGAAUCAAGUAAUGCGAACACUAACGAUCAGGUAAAUGAUAUCGAAGCCUCAGUUAUGGCCAGACUCAACAUUCUGAAGUGCCGGGUUGAUAACUCAAGCUGCGUGAGUACAGAUGGAAACCAACCUCAAGAAUACACCAAAAAUGUAGCCAACACUGAAACUGCCAAAAGAACAUAUAGCCCAGACAGGGCUAGUGGUACAAAUGUUGAGAUAAAGGCUCAACCGAUCCAGGUAGUUGAACAAGGAUUCACAAAGAGGAGCAAACUCUGGCCUUUCGUUGUGGUGGAUGAAACAGAAGACGAAAUCUCAAACUUGCAAGGGAUAAAGGAUGUUCCAUAUGUUGGUGGUCUGUGUGUCCCCGGCGAGUCCGUUAUCCAGUCAUACAUACCUGACAAAUUUGGUAAACGAGUAUCUGUUGGAAGUUAUGAUAGCCCUUCCUCUUCAGAAUGGGAGCAUGUGCUGAAGGAUGAACUCACAUGGCAGAACUGACCUAAAUCUUGGGUUAUCAAAUUCUUUUGGAUGGAUCAAAACUUUCUUCAAAAACUUAUUUACAGUAUAUAUAUUUUGGACCGUAAUAUGACUACCGCACAUUUAUGGUAUGAAGUUGGAGAACUAGUUUUGAUUUUCUAGUCCAAGCCUGUGUAUAACUUUUCUUAUCCUGAACUUGUCAGUUUAACUAUGUAUAUAUCGCUUUCCUAUCCAACGCAUUGGUGAUAUACUAAACUUUAAAACCUUCUUCCGUAUAGUUUUUUUUUGUUUU